AUGUGUCAAAUUCCUACAGGUAAAAGGGAAUCAGCAAAUUCAAACUCAUGUUAUUACUGCCAACAAGAAGCAUUUCAUUCACCGUAUGUUCAACAUAAUUCAUCGAUGAUAAAUGAUGUUAGUGCUUUGGUCGAUCGAAUUCAUACACUUACAGAUAGUAUGACUACAAUUUCAAUAACUACAAUGCGUAGUAGUUUAUGUAAUCAAUUACAACAAUGGCGAGAGGACAAUGUUAAUCAUAUCAAUAAAAUAUAUAAACAAAAAUUAGCUGAAUUAAAUGCAAAAAUUGUACACUUAGAUACAAUGUUAAAUCAAUUAAAAAAUGAAAAACAACAAGAAAUCUCACAAGUUAGGAUGAAAAUUGGUGAAUUAGUAAAUGUUGGUGGACCGACUUCAGAACAGAUGACUCGUCUACGUAAAGUAGUCGAUCAAAUAGCAGUCGAUCUAGAUAAACUUCGAUCAUCAACAAUACGAAUUGAAAUUCUACCAACUAAUCUAGAUACUUGUCGAGUUGUUUAUAUGGAUCCAUCACUAAAUAUUCAACAAGAAGGUGUUACAGCUUCUGUUUCAAAAACUCGUAUUAAUGAUGAUGUGAAAUAUUUCAAUAAACCAACUAAUCAUUGUCGUCCCACUCCAUCGAAACCCAUGCCAACAAUGAAAAAUCUUAGACAAGCAUCGUCAGCUCCUAUUAUUGAUGCAACUGCUGGUUCGCAUCUAUUUCAUUCUCCUGGUCCACCUCCUACUGUACAACCACAUAUUUUAAAGACACAACCUAUAUCAGAUCCACCUCAUACUACAUUCAAACCAUCUCAUAUACCCAUGCCACCUCCUCUACACGAAGCAUCUCAAAUACCUAUGCCACCGCCUGUACCCGAAGCAUCUCACAGUCCUAAAGAAUGUCAUUCACCUACACCGUCUGAAUUAUCUGAACUAUUACCACCUAGGUCACCGGAAAUACCAAUGCCACCACCUAUACACGAGUCAUCUCAUAUACCUAUGCCACCUCCUCUUAAUAAGUCACCUUCAAGUUCUGGAACACAAAAUAUACCGAUGCCACCACCUAUUCCAAAAACAUCUAAUAUUCCAAUGCCACCUCCUGUGACUACACCGACGACAGUACCCCUACGUACUAUUCGAAGAUAUGGUAAACACCAAGUAAUGUUCGAAUAA